CGUUGUUUCGCACACGUUCCGCUUCCGUAUGUACCUUACCACAAUGCCUUCAAACCUUUCCACGUGGACCUCUUCGCUCAAGGACAAACCUGAGAGUACUGCUCUUCAGGGACCCGAGAAGGCGCCUGACCCCGUUCACAGUCGGACAGAAGCCAGGAUACUCCCCGACGUGGGCCAGGAGCAGCUAAAUGACCUUGAGAAGGGUGCUGCCGCCGAACCACAGAACGGCCCACCUCCAGGAGCAUUUGACCCUCGACAGAACCCGGACGGUGGAGCGAAGGCAUGGCUGUGCGUGCUCGGAGGCUUCUGCGUACUGUUUUGUUCAUUCGGCUGGAUCAACACUAUCGGUGUGUUUCAGAACUACUACCAAACGCACCAGUUGGCGGAGUAUAGCCCGAGCACGGUGUCCUGGGUGUCCUCACUGGAGACCUUCUUCAUGUUCGCCGGAGGUCCAAUCAUCGGCAAGCUCUACGACAACUAUGGACCUCGAUGGCUGCUCAUCGUUGGCACCUUUCUGCACGUCUUUGGUUUGAUGAUGACAUCGCUCGCUACAGAAUACUACCAGUUCAUUCUGGCGCAGGGUAUAUGCUCACCCAUCGGAGCUAGCGCGAUAUUCUACCCUGCUAUGAGCACCAUCACCACAUGGUUCUUUCAGAAGCGUGGUGCGGCUUUCGGCAUCAUGGCGGCAGGCAGCUCGCUUGGGGGUGUCAUCUUUCCUAUCAUGGUCCAGAGGCUGAUCUACGAGGUCGGCUUCGGCUGGUCCAUGCGCAUUGCUGCCUUCUUGAUACUGUCCCUGAUGAUCAUCGCGAACCUCACAAUCACCUCGCGCAUCCCACCUGUAAAGAAGCCGUGGAAGCUCGUCGACUUCUUGGCACCUCUUGCGGAACUACCGUUCGACCUUGUCACCCUCGGCUGCUUCUUAUUCUUCCUUGGCAUGUUUUUGCCCAUCAAUUACAUCAUCCUCGAGGCCACAUCGUACGGCAUGCGUGAGAGUCUGGCCCAGUAUCUGCCAGCCAUUCUCAACGCUGCCAGCCUCUUUGGACGAACGCUGCCGGGGUAUUUCGCGGACAAGCUCGGAAGGUUCAACAUGAUGAUUAUCAUGUGCUUCUUCACCGCAAUCCUGGUCCUAGCGAUGUGGAUCCCUUCAACUGGAAAUGCACCUAUAAUCGUGUUCAGUGCUCUAUACGGUUUCGGUAGCGGGGCUUUCGUUUCGCUGGCUCCGUCUCUAAUUGCACAGAUAUCUGACGUUCGCCAGAUAGGCGUUAGAACUGGCUCGUUGUUCGCCAUCAUCGCCAUUGCGGCCUUGAUCAGCAAUCCGAUCGGUGGCGCUAUCUUACAGAGGUGGGAUGGCAAGUGGACUGGGCUACAAGCCUUUGCAGGUGUCAUGACUUUCGCUGGUGCAUGUGUGCUCGUGAUGGCGCGAAUCAGACUCGUGGGCUGGAAGGUGACCGCGAAGUUCUAG